CGUAGUUCCUGGGUAAAAAUGGCGACGGCUCAAGAUGUUCACGUCAAGAUCUGUGCGCAGGAAAUUAUUAAAUAUGAUCUGCAGAUUAAAGCACUGGUGCAGGAUAUCAGAGAUAGCCCCGGACCCUUGAGUCUUCUCACAGAAUUAAAUGCCAAGGUGAAAGAAAUGUUUCACCAACUCAGACUUCGAAUACAGGAUUUGGAACAGAUGGCUAAGGAACAAGACAAAGAAUCUGAUAAACAGAUGUUGCUUGCUGAAGUGGAGAGUCAUCACAAACAGAUGUUAAGCAACCAAACUGCUUGGCGAAAAGCAAACCUGGCCUGCAAGUUCGCCAUAGACAAUAAAGAGAAAGAAGAAUUGUUUCAAAGUGGAGAUUCUUCAGUUCGACAACGAAAGAUGACAAAGGAAGGCUUAGUACAGACAGCAAGCAGCAUUACCGAGAGCUUGAUGACAAUCAGCAGGAUGAUGUCACAACAAGUACAGCAGAGUGAAGAAUCAGUGCAGACACUGGCAACUUCCUCAAGAACUGUGCAAGAUACAAAUGAAGAAUUUAAAAACAUGACAGGCACAAUUCAACUGGGUCGCAAGCUGAUCACAAAAUACAAUCGCAGAGAGUUGACCGACAAACUGCUGAUCUUCCUCGCACUGGCUUUGUUUUUGGCGACUGUUGUAUACAUUUUAAAGAAACGCCUUUUUCCUUUUUUAUAACUGGAACAAAAAGGCAGAAGUCAAAUGGACAUUGAAACUGAGCAUUUUGUAAAUUUAUCGAGGUAUUAAGGAAGAUAAAAAGUACAAGUACUGUAUUGGCAUUGGAAUUGACAUGGAAGCAGAUUAAAGGACCUUUCUAAAUUAUGCUUUAAAAUAUUGACCAAAAUUGGAGGUUAAAUAGACAUUACAAAGUUAAGCAUUGUUUCCAAGAUUUAAUUGUUAUUUGCCUCUGUGCAUUAUGCUCUGCUUCUUAAGUUUAGAUCCUUUGACUCUGGUUGAACUGAGUUUUGGAUUGUUACAUACGAUAUAUUGUACUUCUGACCGAGCUUGGUUAUCCAGAGCCCUGUGCUUUUCAUGUCUUUACUUGGGCAACGCUGUCUAACGGAACAUAUGGUACUAUUUAUAUUGUGGCAAUGAUGUAAAGAUUAACAUUUGUAAAAACAAUCGUUUUGUCAAUAUGUAAUCCAAAGUGUAUGUAUAUAAUUAUGGCAGUUACUUUUGCUUGAAUUCCAAAAAAAAAACAUACUCCGCACUUAUUCAUUGAAAUAUUACCCCAGGGCUACUCAUUUAUGCUUCUUUAUAAACAGAAUGCAUCAUUCAACAAUAUAUCAUCCAUGCAAAGAAACACUAAUGGUUCCUGAUGGGAGCAAUUAUUUGCCUUCAUUAUGGUUCAUAUAUUAAUAUACCCUAUAAAUAUUUUCAAUAGUUAACACUUACUACAAAUCUUUGGAUCUGAUUGAAUUAUCAUUAAUUAAAAAAUGUAGUUACUGUCAUUGUGAAUGUUUGCACAUUGAAAUAUUUGAUAAGUAUUUCUUUGAAUAUAUUUAAAUUUGUAGACCUGAUUAAUUUUAUUUUGCCUGUACAUAUGGGACCUGUUGGCUAGUUCAUAAAAACUUUAGAGUAUCUAGUUCAAAAAUUAUUAUUUCAGCUUGUUAAAAUAAAGCUUUAAAAAAUUAUCUGCUCUGCAUUUAAUAUCUUGGUGAGUGAAAACAAUUUAUAAUUUGACCCCCGGCAGCUGGGCAAUUUUGCCUUUUUCAUUUAGGUUUUUGCUUCUCUCAUAUCCUUGGAUCUACAUAUAAUCGGAUUAUCCAAGCUCAAAAUUGUCAUUUUUCAAUACAAGUCCAAAUGAAACCUAAGCACUGCCCCCAGCAAUAACCACUCACCUACUUCUACUCAUUUUAAUGGUACUGUGCUCAUCAAGUGACACGAGUUGUUUGAGUGGGUGAACUGCAUGGUUCAGAAUUUUGGCAUUUAAGCUGUCUGAGCUUCAUCCUGUUAGUCUGGAAAUUAUGAACUUUAACAUGUCCCCUCUAUUAAUCAUUCAUGUAAUUGGGAAAUGUAAUGCAACACAAGGGAGAUAAUUCAGCUCAAUAUGUCUGUGUCAACCCUUUGAAGAAAAAAUCCGAUUAGUCUCCUCUCACCCGCGAUUUUUUUUGUAUAGUCCUGCAGUUUUUAUUUUCACUAUUUAUCUUCUUCACCGUUUCAGUCAAAAUAUUAUAAAUACUGUGAUAUUUAAAAAUACAUUCACCACACCUUGCUUCUAGCUUUUUGACAAAUACAAUAAUUUUGUGCCUGUUGUUUUCUGGUUCUUUUGUGACAAAACCUUUCAUAGUGUAAAUAAAUUAAUCUAUUAACAUCAACACACACAAAAUGCUGGUGGAACACAGCAGGCCAGGCAGCACCAAUAGGGAGAAGCGCUGUCGACAUUUCGGGCCGAGACCCUUCAUCAGGACUAACUGAAAGGAAAGAUAGUAAGAGAUUUGAAAGUAGUGGGGGGAGGGAGAAAUGCAAAAUGAUAGGAGAAGACCGGAGGGGGUGGGAUGAAGCUAAGAGCUGGAAAGGUGAUUGGUGAAAGUGAUACAGAGCUGGAGAAGGGAAAGGAUCAUGGGACAGGAGGCCUUAAGAGAAAGAAAGGGGAGGGGGGAGCACCAGAGGGAGAUGGAGAACAGGCAAACAACUAAAUAUGUCAGGCGUGGGGUAAGAAGGGGAGGAGGGGCAUUAACGGAAGUUAGAGAAGUCAAUGUUCAUGCCAUCAGGUUGGAGGCUACAGCUCUGUACCUGACAUAUUUAGUUGUUUGCCUGCUGUGUUCCAUCAGCAUUUUGUGUGUGUUGUUUGAAUUUCCAGCAUCUGCAGAUUUCCUCGUGUUUAAUCUAUUAACAUUCCAGCUUGAAGAACAACCUUAUCAGUAUUUCUUUACUAAUUGAAAGAGCACCAUUAUUUAAAUUGCUGGAUGAAAUUUGGAAAAGGGCAUCCAAGUUUCAGACAAAAGAAAAAAAUUGUAGAGAAGUAUUAAUUAUUUGUGGCAAUGCACAUAAAUCAGAUUUGUUUUUGGAGAUGGAGAGCUGUGUAAACUAAACCACUGGUUAACACUUAAUCCUGCAAUUAAAUUAUAUCAGUAGAGUGUUUGGGCUUGGUAACUUGUUUUUCUUUCAAUACACAUUCCUUGGUCAUUCCUCCAGUCCAGAGAGGUCUGUUGCAAAAACAUAAUAUCUUGGGUGUAGACUUGAGUGGGCAAAUGGUAAACCCUGGGCGUGGCCAAGAAAAACAUACAGUACUCUGCAAAAGUCUUAGGCACAUAUGUAUGGCUAAGGUACCUAAGACUUUUGCACAGUACUGUAGUAAGUUUAUGUGUUCUACUGCUGCAGCAACAAACAACAAAUUUCAUGACAUACCUGAGUGAUGAUGAACCUGAUUCUGAUAUGGGUCUCUUGUGGACUAAGGGGCAGGGAAUUGUGGUUAGGGAGAGGAGAGGAAAUGGGAAGCACCAGAGAGACAUUCUGCAGUGAUCAAUAAACCAGUUCUUUGGAAUCAAAUGACCUUGCCUGGUGUCUCAGGGCUGGGUGUCUGUCCCCGCACUCCUCUCCCACCCCUAGGGAAGCUGUUUUUUUCAGAACUCGCUACAACUUAGACACAGUCUGUACGCUGGUCUUUAUAUUGGCAUGUACUGUAUCACCCAUGGCUGCGGUGAAUUUGCAUCACUGCUCUAUGAGGUGCCAUUGCAUCUCCACGAGUAAAUCAUCUCAUCACAGUCUCCUUGCUUUGGCAGUUCUCAGUUCACAGCAUUGCGGCGACAUCCAGCAGAAGGUGAGAAGUUUAAGGGGAACACGAGGGGAACUUCUUCACUCAGAGGGUCAUGAGAGUGUGGAAUGGGCUGCCAGCACAAGUGUGCAUGUGAACUCGAUUUCAACACUUGAGAGAAGGUACAUUGAUGGUAGGGCUUUGGUCCCAGUGCAGGUUGAUGGGAGUAGGCGGUUUAAAUGUUUUUGGCAUGAGCAAGAUGGGCGGAAAGGCCUUUUUCUGUUUUGUACUUCUCUAUGAUUCUAAACAUUUUAGGACUGAAAACUGCAGUAUUCAACAUUGUUAGCAGGUGUGGUAAUUUAAAUUGAAUUCUUUGUUAUUAAAUCAGCUAACCUAUUUUAGCACUCUGAUAAAAGCUGCAUUGUUAAAAGAUUUCCAAAUGCUAUGAUAUAUUUGCUGAUGAACUUACUAUAUUUUGUUUUGUAUCUUUCAGUUGUCUUUAAAAGUGAAGUCCGGAGUGCACCUUUAAUUUCUGUAGAGGUGUGACUAAAUUGUACAGGGUGUCAUAUAGCUUCCAAUUUCAGUUGAAGGCAGCUUUCCUGUAUUCAGUAGCCUUGGAUCAAAAUCUGGUUUAUUAUCACUGAAAUAUGUCAUGAAAUUUGUUGUUUUGCAGCAGCAGUACAGUGCAAAUCUUAAAAUAUACAAUAAAUUACAAUAAGAAAUACGUAAAAACUAGCCUUGACGAGUACUACAGCAAUUACCCACUUGCAUCUACGAAUUCAUAGUGGUGCGGACAGCCCAGCACAAGUGUAGAUGUGAACUUCCCACUAUUCAGGAUCCUUACAAAGACAGGAGUGUAAAAAGGGCCCGAAGCAUUAUUGGGGAUCUGAGUCUCCCCAACCACAAACUGAUCCAGCUGCUACCAUCCGGGAAAUGGUACCACAGCAUUACAGCCAGGACCAACAGGCUCCGUGACAGCUUCUUCCACCAGGCUGCUUAAUUCACACUGAUGCAACUGUAUUUCUAUGUUGUAUUGACUAUCCUGUUGUGCAUAAUAUUUAUUAUAAAUCACUAUAAUUGCACAUUUAGAUGGAGAUGUAAAGAUUUUUACUCAUGUAUGUGAAGGAUGUGAGUAAUAAAGUGAAUUAAUUUCAAUGCAUUAGUCUUUGUUAGUUGAGACAUUGAGCUCAAGAGUCAAAAAGUUAUGUUGCAGCUUUAUGAGACUCUGGUUUGACUGCAUUCAACGUAUUGCAUUGAUUUUAGGAAGGAUGUUCAGGCUAUGGAGAGUGCAAGAGGUUUGCCAGGAUGAGGCAGCAUGUGUUGUAAGGAGAGAUUGGGCAAAGUAGGAUUUUUCCUGGAGUGGCACAGAGGCUGAGGGGAGCCCUGAUAGAAAUUUACAAAAUAGUGAGAGGCACAAACAGAGUGGACCACCAGAAUCUAUUUUCCCCCAGGGCUGAAAUAUCCAGCACUCGAGGGCAUGCACUUAAGGUGAGAGGGGGAAAGUUUAUUGAGGAACAGGUUAUUUGCACAGGCAGUGAUGGGUGUCUGAAAUGUGUUGCCAGGGGGUGGUAGUGGAAGCAGGUAAACUGGAGGUGUUUAAGAGGUUAUUAAAUUAAAUUGGUACAUGAAUAUCCAGAAUGGUGGGUGGGUAUGGACUAUGUGCAGGCAGAGAAGGGAUUAGGUGGCACUAUAUCCAGAAUCAGAAUCAAAAUCAGGUUUAUUAUCAUCAGCAUGUUUUGUGAAAUUUGUUAGCUUAGUAGCAGCAGUACUAUGCAAUGCAUGAUAAUAUAGAAAGAAAAAUACAUAAAUAAAUUGAUUACAGUAAGUAUAUC